AUGUCCGCCCCCGUCGCCGUCGCCGCCGCCGCCGAGAACGACGUGCUCGAUACGCCGGUGCUCGAUGCGGAGCGGGCCAAUCUGCUGCAGCGCAUUACGGAGGAAGGCGGCUACGCUUACGCCAGCAUGGAAGCGCUAGCUGCGGGCGGCGAUGUGAGGGCGGCGGAGGCGGCGAGGGAGAUGGCUUGGGAGCAGCUUCACUCGGGCCCUUGGCACUCGGUUGUUCCCAUCUGGAGGGACGCCUACUCCAUGGCGUGCCUCCACGUCGCCAGGCUCCAUUACGCCGCCGGCGAUUUAUGCCAGGCGAUUCGAGCUCUCGACAUGGGUAUCAUCAUGGGCGGAUUGGCUCUCCGGGAUGACUUGAAUCUCGCAAUUCGGAAGGCCUCGAGAAAAGCUAGCAUUGCUCUCGGAGCUUCUCUGGCAAAGGAUCAACCGAUUAGAAUAGUUUCUGGAGAGUUUAACAUAGAGGAGGUAGUGCGGCUUUUGCCUGUAAAGUCACUCUCCAGUAAGAUAGUGGGAAAAAAGUCUGCUUUAUCCUUCGAAAAUUUUCUACAAGACCAUCUUUUAUCUGGUUCUCCUGUUGUAAUCAGAGAUUCUAUGGAUCACUGGCCAGCCAAGAGCAAGUGGAAUGAUUUGAACUACCUACGUAGUAUUGCUGGCUUCCGCACUGUACCAGUUGAGGUUGGCAAGAACUAUUUGUGCUCAGAAUGGAAGCAAGAACUGAUCACAUUCUCCGAGUUUCUAGAGAGGAUUCGGAACGGUGAUUGCACUUCUGCUGAAACUACAUACUUAGCUCAGCAUCAGCUAUUUGAUCAGAUCCAAGAGCUGAAACAGGACAUUCUUACCCCUGAUUACUGUUACGCUGGAGGUGGGGAAAUCAGGUCAAUUAAUGCUUGGUUUGGCCCAGCUGGCACUGUGACACCAUUACAUCAUGAUCCUCACCAUAAUUUACUUGCUCAGGUGGUUGGGAAAAAGUAUAUUAGGCUUUACCCUGCCACACUCUCGGAAGAGCUUUACCCACAUAGUGAGACGAUGCUUUGCAACUCCAGCCAGGUGGAUCUGGACAACAUAGACGAGAGCGAAUUCCCAAAGAUAUCAGACCUGGAGUUUCAAGACUGCGUUUUAGAGGAAGGGGAGAUGCUUUACAUCCCUCCGAAAUGGUGGCACUACGUACGCUCCCUCACUACAAGUUUUUCAGUUAGUUUUUGGUGGAGCAAUUCUGAGAAUUCAUCAGAUACCUAACCACACCCACCAUUCCUCUGCCUCGAUUCUUUUGAAGUAUCUCUAUGGUUUCCUUGCAUACAAAGUAGAAAGCCAAAACCAUUUAACCAUCCAUACUCAUUCUGGGCAUCAAUAUGGUUUUUGAUUGUACCAUGUCUAUGAUGAACUAAAAAUCUGCAAUGUAUAAUUCCACCAAAGUGGGGGGCUACAUAACCCUACAUUAGUACAUUUGGUUGACCUCACACACUUAUCUUGCUGAAAACUCUUCCUAUCCCGGUCCAUUCUCUAUAUCGCUCUAAUUUUAUCCUGAUA